GACUUUCUCCAUAUAAUAGAGGGAAGCAGGACGACAGCUUCUAAAAGAGAGAGAGCAGACAACAACUCAUGGUGGUGGACUUGCUGUGCAAACCUAAAGGGAACAGCUAAGAAAAUGUGUAAGGGAUUAGCUGCCCUGCCCCAGACAUGUCUGGAAAGGGCUAAGGAGAUCAAGACUAAAUUGGGAACUCUGCUUCAGAAGCCAGAGAAUUCCAUCGACCUUAUUAUCCCCUACCAAGAAAAGCCUGAGAAGAAACCAGAGAAGCUUCAGAAACCCACACCUGAAGAAGCCGCCCAAUGGCGCGAGUCCCUUGAAAAGGUCCUUUCCAACAGCUAUGGUCUGGCCACCUUCAAGAGCUUCCUCAGAUCUGAGUUCAGCGAGGAGAAUAUUGAAUUCUGGGAAGCUUGUGAGGACUUCAAGAAGACCAAGUCCCCCCUGAAAAUGGCCAUCAAAGCUAAGAAGAUUUAUGAGGACUUCAUUCAAACCGGUGGGCCCAGAGAGGUGAACAUCGACCACUUCACCAAAGAUGUGACUCUGAGGAACCUGGUGGAUCUUUCUCCCUCCACCUUUGAGCUGGCUCAGAGCCGGAUCUACACCCUGAUGGAGAAAGACUCCUUCGGUCGGUUCCUGCGGUCUGAGCAGUACCAGGAACUCCUCAAGUAAACUGACUUGUCCAGCUGCAGGGAGACUCAUCACUUUGGUCACAAAUUUGUGUCACAGAAAUCCUUUUUACUCAAAGUCUUUAAUGUACACUUUUUAACAAAUCUCUAAAGCUCAUUAAACGAUACCACAGUUGGUGGAAGUGGAAAACAUCGGGAAUGGUUGCAAUGUCUCCCUGCAGCUGACUGAACUGGCCCACUGCUAACAAGAACAUCUUAACAAUGUGAUUCCUGCCCAGUGCUCUGAAUGUCAAAGCCAAGAACUUCAAGAAAAGAAGUUGAUUAGGGUUUAAGACACAGUAUUGCUCCUUAUAAAAGUGUGAUUUGUCAUUAGCAAACAUUUAAUUUGUACAAGAGCAAAAUGGCAAGGAUUUGAAGCGCCUCUUAAAAUCUUGUAUGUCCUAUUAAUUGGAGUCACACUCUUUUCUGACCCCUGUAGACUAAAUAAAGACUAAAACUGA